AUGUUCUAUCAGAGACAGAAUUAUCAAGCAGAGAUAAGGUUGGUCCAUUUUUUUUUGUUACAAAUAUUUUGGGAUGUGGUCCUGAGUCAGCUGCAUUAUAUCAUUCCCGAGGAAUCCAAGCAUGGCACCUUUGUUGGAAGAAUUGCUCAGGAUCUUGGACUGGAUAUAGGUGAGAUCAAUUCUAGAAUGUUACAUAUUGUCUCUAGAAAUGAGAAGGAAUAUUUCCAGGUUAAUCUACAGAAUGGAAUCUUGUUUGUUAAAGACACAAUAGACAGGGAGUCAUUGUGUCCAAAUACACCCUUCUGUAUUAUUCCUUUGCAGGUUAUUAUAGAUAAGCCUGUCCAGAUGUAUCGUAUAGAGGUAGAAAUAGAAGAUAUAAAUGACAAUAGUCCAAUAUUCCCCUCUAGUGUGACUAAUCUUGUCAUAUCAGAAAUAAAGCCUGCAGGUUCUCAUUUCCCAUUGAUGGUAGCUGGUGAUCCAGAUCUUGGAACAAAUUCUGUAACAAACUAUGAGCUCAGUGCAAAUGAAUAUUUUGCUUUGGAAUUCCAAAAAUAUAUAAAUCAAAUCAAGUCAUUAGAGCUUGUGCUUAAAAAAAAUUUAGACAGAGAAAAGCAGUCUGUUCAUAACCUGAUCCUUACAGCUUAUGAUGGAGGCAAACCAAGAAUGAGCAGCACUACACAUAUUCUUGUUAAUGUGGAAGAUGUCAAUGAUAAUGCUCCUGUCUUUGACCAGCCAUUUUACCAGUGUGGUAUUGAUGAAAAUGCUAUAGAAGGAAUGUUAGUGUUCAAGCUAAAUGCUACUGAUCUGGAUGAAGGGAAAAAUGGAGAAAUACUGUACAAAUUUAGUAAUAUGGUUUCAGAGGAGACAAAGGAAGCAUUUAACUUAGAGAAAUAUGCAGGAGAAAUAAGAGUGAAAGGCAAAUUGGAUUUUGAGACUGUUAAUAUGUAUGAAAUUCAAGUUGAAGCUAUUGAUCAUGGAGAUUUCCAGCUAAUUGGACAUUGUAAGGUUCUAGUGACUGUUGUUGAUGUCAAUGACAACCCUCCUGAGAUGACAGUGACAUCAUUAUCGGUUCCUGUUCCUGAAAAUUCUCCUCAGGGGACAACGGUUGCCAUCAUCAGUGUUCAUGAUAAAGAUUCAGGAUCAAAUGGAAAAGUCAAUUGCUAUAUUUCUGAGCCUUCACCAUUUAAAAUAAAUCCAGCUUUCAUGAGUGAUUUUUCUUUGACGGUAAAUGAACCAUUGGACCGAGAAGUGAAAGAUGACUAUGAAAUCACAAUUAGUGCAAGAGAUGAAGGUUUCCCUUCCCUUUCUACUUCAAAAACUCUGAAGAUUCAUAUAAGUGAUACUAAUGACAAUGCUCCAAGAUUUGUCCAGUCAGUAGACACAAUAUUCAUUAAGGAGAACAACCCACCAGGGUCUCAUAUAUAUACAGCAUCAGCCUAUGACCCAGAUAUUGGACAGAAUUCUUUCAUUACUUACUCAAUUAGACAGCAGACAAUUGAUGGGAUUCCCAUUUCCUCUUACAUUUCCAUUAAUCCAGAAAAUGGGAAGGUUUUUGCUUUAGUUUCAUUUGACCAUGAGCAGAUUGCAUAUUUCCAAUGUCAUAUAGAAGCCACUGAUGCUGGCCUACAAGCUCUAAGCUCUAACCUUACUCUAAACAUUUUCAUUGAGGAUAUUAAUGAUAAUACUCCUACAUUCACCCCACUUCAUUCUGAACUAACAAUUAAAACUUCUAGGUCAGCAAAACCUGGACACCUGAUAACUAAAGUGAAAGCUGUAGAUUUGGAUUCUGGAUACAAUGCUUGGACAUUUUAUAAAUUAAAGGACCUUGGAGGUUCUGGAAAAUCUCCUUUUACCAUAGCACAUCAAACUGGGGAAAUUACUUUAAAAAGGUCAUUGUCAGAUUCAGACAAUGAUGAGUAUAAAUUGUAUAUAAUAGCCCAGGAUCAUGGAGAACCAUUCAUGACAGCAGAGACUCAAAUUAUCAUAUCUGUGGUGGAGCCUGGAGAAGAAUUAAAAUUUGAUAAUAAAGAGACCAAAGUGACUUUUGAAGUGUUUUCAGAUGAAAAUAUUUACUUGGUUGUUGCAAUCUGCAUCAUAUCAAGUAUUUUUCUAAUUACUUUAAUUGUGUUUAGUGUGUUAAGAUGUCAAAAGUACAGAGAUGAGGUCAAUGAGCUGAAAGAAAAUUACAAGAGCUGCACUAACACUGGAGGGAGCUGGAUGUAUUCUCAGCACACUCAAUAUCAAAUAAGCUCCAAUUCAUUGCGACCUAAAAGUGACUUGAUUGUCUUUACUCCAAAUAACUUUCAAACACCAGGGAAUGAAGAGCAAGUCAAUCCACAAGGGGUCAUGUUACAAUCCUCUUAUAAGCAAAACAAUAUUAAUAUGGAAAUUGAUAGACUGGACAAUCAUCUGGAGUCUGUUACUAACAAACUUAACACUUACGCUAAAAAUAGUUUUAAGAGCAUACUCCACUUUGAAAUAACACGUAACAUUGUCUUUGAUGGAAAGGGUGUUAAACCAGAAAAAAGCUAG